AAUAAUCUAAUCCCAAACAUAAAAAUACCCAAAAGUAGGCAAGAAAAUAAAGUGAUAGUCUCCUUCUUCUAUCCCAUGGCAGUGCUACAGAAGUUGAGUUCCUUUAAUCACUUCUCCAGACAACAACAUCAGUUCAAGAAACCCAAAUUAUGUUGUCCUUUAAAGAUUCAGAUAUUCAGUUGUCCUAUAAAACACAGAAUAUAUCAUCCUUCAUUUCAAGUCUCAUCUUCGCUAAUUAACACUAAUUACUCAAACCACCAUGAUUAUAAUCAAGAAUUUGACCCCAAAAUCCCUGUUGAAGAAGCUGUGACUCCACCCAGUUCUUGGUAUACUGACCCUUCUUUUUAUAAUCAUGAACUCAAUCAAGUCUUCUUCAAAGGAUGGCAAGCUGUUGGGUACACCGAACAGAUCAAAGAGCCUAGGCAAUAUUUCACUGGGAGAUUGGGCAAUGUCGAGUAUGUUGUAUGUCGAGAUGAUGGUGGAAAAAUACAUGCUUUUCACAAUGUGUGCCGGCAUCAUGCCUCUCUUCUUGCCUCUGGAAGUGGGAAAAACACUUGCUUUGUUUGCCCAUACCAUGGGUGGACAUAUGGAUUGGACGGAGCGCUUCUUAAGGCAACUAGAAUAACAGGAAUCAAGAACUUCAAAGUGAACGAGAUGGGACUAGUUCCAAUGAAAGUAGCUGUAUGGGGACCGUUCAUACUUCUCAAUUUUGAAAAUGGAGUUUUGUCUGAACAAGAAUCUGAUUUUGACUUGGUUGGAAACGAAUGGCUGGGUACUUCAUCCCAAAUCUUGGCAGAUGGUGGAGUCGAUUCUUCAUUAAGUUUUUUAUGUAGACGCGAAUACACCAUUGAGUGUAACUGGAAGGUGUUCUGUGACAACUACUUGGAUGGCGGUUAUCAUGUACCAUAUGCUCAUAAAGGUCUUGCUUCUGGUCUGACGCUUGACUCGUAUUCUACCACGAUACUUGAGAAAGUCAGCAUCCAACGAUGUGAAACUGGUAGUGCAGAAAAGGGCCAAGAAUUUGAUCGACUUGGAUCAGAAGCUUUAUAUGCAUUCGUGUAUCCAAACUUCAUGAUCAACAGGUAUGGUCCUUGGAUGGACACGAACCUCGUACUGCCUCAAGGACCUCGGAAAUGUCUCGUGAUAUUUGACUACUUUCUUGAUGCAUCUCUCAAGGGUGACAAGAGUUUUAUCGCACAGAGUCUCCAAGAUAGUGAGACAGUGCAGAUGGAGGAUAUAAAAUUAUGUGAAGCUGUACAAAGAGGCCUAGAAUCACCCGCAUACAGCUCUGGCCGGUAUGCACCACAAGUCGAGAAAGCUAUGCAUCAUUUUCACUGUCUUCUAUACGAAAAUCUUUGUAAUUGAUGUAUUUCUUUGUGCUUACUAUAUGUGAGAUUUCCAGAAAAUUAUCCUCAAUGUUUUCUGCCGGUAGCAACAACUAUCUGUACUAGAAAAUUAUAUUAUUUGCAGCGUUCGUUGUACCAUGUAUGGCUUUAA